AUGUUUAGGGCUCUUAACAGGAUUGCAUCUAGAGCACGUAUAAUUCGUGGCUUCCAGUCGACACCUCAGUAUUCAUUCAGAUCAUUUUCUUUAUACAAUGGAACCGGAAGCGCUGCUAAGUCGAAACGUGGAAGUCUAAAACAACUUGUGCAAACAUAUGGGUGGUCUGCCCUUGGUGUAUAUUUAGCACUCGCAGCUAUCGAUUUCCCAUUCUGUUAUAUUGCGGUUCAUUCAUUGGGUGAAAGAACCAUUAAAGUAUACAUUAACAAGGUUAAGAACUUGGUAGGGUAUGGUGUCGAUGAAAAGGAGGUAUUGGAACAAAUAGAAAGAAACCGUGUUCAGAAUGAACUUGAUCGGGAAGCUGCGCAAGUAUCCGGUAAAAGUGCCUGGGAGAGAUUAAAGACAAGUCACCUCCUAACGGAGUUAAUACUAGCUUAUGGUAUACAUAAGUCCUUAAUCUUUAUAAGAGUGCCAUUGGUUGCCGCUAUUACUCCUGGUAUUGUACGUGUGCUGCGUAAAUGGGGUUUUAAUAUUGGAAAGGUAAAUAAAUAA